CAAUGGGCCCGGUGGGCGGGGCCAAUUUGAACGGGCGGCGGCGGAGAGCGGCGCCAUGGUGAAACCGCUGAGGGAUCGGGAUCUGGAUCCGGAUCGAGAUCGGGAUCCUGGUCCUGAUGUCGUCGAGGGUCCCGGCCCCACGAUGAGCCCCCCGCUCUCCUCGCAGCCCGCUGCGGCACCAGCUGACGGCUUCGCUUCCUCAGACGAUGAGGCCGCCGAGGAGGACCCGAGCCCACUCCACAUCUCCUGGUUAUCUUUGUCUCCUCUCUACUCUUCAGAGUUCCUGGGAUUAUGUUCCCUUCCAGGUUGCAAGUUUAAGGAUAUCAGAAGAAAUCUUCAGAAAGAUGUAGGAGAACUAAAGAGCUGUGGGAUCCAGGAUGUCUUUGUGCUUUGUACCAGAGGAGAGCUCUCAAAAUACCGAGUACCAAACCUGAUUGACACCUACCAACAGCAUGGGAUGUGUGUGCACCACCACCCCAUUCCUGAUGGGAAUGCUCCUGACAUUGCCACCUGCUGCAAGAUCCUGGAAGAGCUCAGAACCUGCCUGGAAAACAAGCAGAAAACAAUGAUACACUGUUAUGGUGGCCUUGGACGCUCAUGUCUUGUGGCUGCCUGUCUCCUGCUCCAGCUUUCAGACACCCUGGCACCUCAGCAGGUGAUAGAGAGCCUCAGGAAUCUGAGAGGAUCAGGGGCCAUACAGACCAUCAAGGGUCUAGCAUAAGGAACAAGUCCACGUGGGAUACAUGGAUUGUGACUGAAGAUCUGCCAAAAUUACUCUUCUACUUUUGACUUCAACAAAAUCACAUUUACAUCAAACACUUACCUCUGAAAACAAUGUUUUAGCUUCUUAAUUAAAAUACCCUGGGAUUUAUUGCAUUAUGCUUAACAGAACAAAAGUUUGGGGCUUUUUAGUUUACAGUCAUGGAACAGAGAUUCAAAAUAGUAAUUCUGACCAAAUUAGGAUUUGUGUUUUCAAGCAGAAUCAGUGGUACAUGUGGAUUCUUUUGCAGGAAAGCUGGCACUGUAGAUGAUCAUACAGAUUCCCAGCAUGUUUUGAGUUGGAAGGACUUUAUAGAUCAUCUCACUCCAACCCCUGCAAUGGGUUGGGAGACCUUUGGCUAGGCCAGAAUACUCCAAGUCCCCUCCAACCUGGCCUGGAACACUUCCAAGGAUCCAGGGGCAGCCACAGCUUCUCUGGGUACCCAGUGUCAGGGCCUCCCCACCCUCCCAGGGAACAAUUCCCUCCCAAUAUCCCAUCUAACCCUGCACUCUGGCAGUGGGAAGCCAUUCCCUGUGUCCUGUUACUACACACCCUUGUCCAAAGUCCCUGUCCAGCUCUCACAAGCUCCCUACCAGCACAAGAAGGAUCAUAUUCCUAUGGACAGUAUUUCUGCAAUGAGCCAUAGCUUCAGACUGAAGAGGAAA